AUGGCAGAGGAUUCAUUAUUCCACUCAUCGGAUCCCCGAUCCGAGUUUAAAGGGUCUACAACCCAAAACACUCAAAACAAUGGUCAUUCAGAUAAGGAGAAUUUCUCAUAUCUAAUCAUAAAAAGAUCUCCAGCACAUUGGUUCAACAGAUGUCAAGCUGCCUUAAACACAAUCGUUAUACAAAUCGCCAGAUCUGAGGUCCCAAACAUCAGAUCUGGUGAAGAGAACAACAUUACAAUAUUGGACCCACCAACACCCUGUCGGGGGGAUAUCCAAUCUAAUCGUAAUAUUAAAAAUAGCAGCCGUCAGAAAGUUAAGCCAAAACAAAUAAACAUGAUUCAAGGAGGUCCAUCACGAAGGACAAAUAAACGAAGUUAUGACCAACAUUGGAGGGAACAGCAAGUCGUAUUUCCCGUCGUUCCAGGAAGCCCUCAGGAAGAACGACCGGUAAUUAUUACUGGCAUCUUCGGUCAUUACCAGACAGACUAUAUGUUUAUAGAUCCGGGAAGCUCGAUGUAUAUCGUAUACGAGCAGUGUUUUAAACAACUUGACCCAGAUGAUAAAGCACGUCUAAAACCGGUCGAUUUUCCCCUCACCGGAUUCUGUAAUGAAGCUGUAUUCCCAUUAGGGCAAAUAGCUUUGCCUGUGACUUUAUCGGAUGGCGAACAUUCACGAACAGUUACAGUCAAUUUCAUGGUCAUGCCGGCAACAUCACGUCAUGAUGUUCUGCUCGGAAGAAGAUCACAAAGAGAGUUCAGUAUGAUUACAUCUAUCCCACACGCUGCAUGUGGGUUCCCAACAGAAACCGGAGUUGCGAUUCUGUACUCAAGCAAAGAAGUCAUGUACGUGGACGACGAGCCACCAGCGAAGGUAGUCAAACCUUCAGCAUCAAACGAACCGGAGAAAUGGGUCCUGAACGAAGAAUACCCAGAGCAGACCAUCUCACUAGGACAUGCCAUUUCACCAGCAACACGAAUACAACUAAAAGCACUGUUGUCCAACAACAAAGAUAUAUUCGCUUGGUGCCCAGCAGACAAGACUGGGGUCCCACGCGACAUAGCGCAACAUUGCCUGAAUAUUAAACCAUCAGCGGAACCUGUUGCCCAGGCGAGGCGCAGCUUUAGCGAAGAAAAAGCGAAAGCCAUGGACGAACAAGUGGUAGAGCUACUCAAUGCGGGAAUCUUGCGCGAAGUAAAGUACCAUACAUGGGUUGCCAAUCCAGUAAUGAUGAAGGAAGAAGACGAAGACAAAACUGCAUUCCGCACAGAUAAAGGCAUCUUCUGCUACACUAAAAUGCCCUUUGGCCUGCGCAAUGCUGGUGCAACUUAUCAACGAUUAAUGGACACAGUUUUCAAAAGCGACAUCGGCAAGACAGUUGAAGUAUACAUGGAUGACCUCGUCAUCAUGAGCCAUGAGGAAGACUCAAUGCUCAACAACAUUCAGCGUACAUUCGACUCUCUGCGCAACGUAAACUUAAAGCUCAACCCAACUAAAUGCUCCUUCGGCAUGGAAGAAGGAAAAUUUCUGGGCUUCAUAGUCACAAGAGAGGGCUUCAAAGUAAACCCAGAAAAAGUACAGGCUAUCCAGCAAAUGCCCUCACCCGCAACAAUAAAAGAAAUGCAAAGACUCGCCGGACGCUUAGCAGCCUUGAACAGAUUCUUGGCUAAUCAUGCGGCUAAAUCUUAUCCAUUUAUCAGUACGCUGCGAAACUGCGGGAAGAAAACCCCCUUUCAAUGGACACCUGAAGCAGAAGCAGCAUUUAAACAAAUGAAAGAAUGUUUAAUUCAGUUACCAACGUUGACUGCGCCAAAAGAAAAAGAGCCACUAAUCUUAUACUUAUCAGCCGCGGAAGUAGCGGUAGGAGCAGUAUUAAUGGUGGAACGAGAAAACGUUCAGACUCCAAAUUACUAUAUCAGCAAAAUGCUCACCGGCCCAGAAACUCGUUACUCAAUGAUAGAAAAAUUGGUUCUAGCACUAGUGCACGCAUCCCGACACUUGCGCAGGUAUUUCUCGGGCCACGUCAUCACGGUUCUCACAAAUUAUCAUUUAGGCCAAAUCUUAUCAAAAUCCGAUGUGGCGGGAAGAUUGGCUAAAUGGGCCAUUGAGCUGGGAGGAUACAAUAUCUUCUACAAGCCAAGACCAACAAUCAAAGGGCAAGUUCUAGCAGACUUUGCUACUGAAGUGCCCAUCGAUAAAGUACAAGAAUGCGAGGCAAUCCAGAACCCUACACCUGUUUUCGACGACAGAGUCUGGACCUUACACACAGAUGGCGCUUCCAAUGAUGACGGAGCAGGAGCAGGCCUCCGAUUGGUCAGUCCGGACAAUCACGAGCUCACAUAUGCCAUACGCUUAGACUUCCAAAGUACCAACAAUGAAGCAGAAUACGAAGCAUUUUUAGCAGGCCUUCGUCAAGCGCUCAAAAUGGGGGCAAGAAACCUUGAGGCCAACAUUGAUUCAAAACUAGUAGCCGAGCAAGUUAACGGUCACUACGAUGCAAAAGGAAAAGCUAUGGCAUUAUACCUUGAACAAGCACGGAUGUUAAUCAGCCAAUUCCAGACAUUAAGGGUUAACCAUAUAAACAGAAGCGAAAAUAAGCACGCAGACGCGCUUAGCAAAUUAGCCGCUACCAGCUUCAAGCACCUAGCAAAAGAAGUGCGCAUAGAGAGUCAUGGGCGCCCCCUACUCGACCCAUAA